UUAUUUACACCUCUUUAUCCAGCCAUAUAAAAUCCCGCGAAGUUCUUACUUCCCGAUAAUCGAACAGUUGCAUGAAAUGUGAUCAUCAUGUUCUUCGUACAAGCGAUUUCUUAUUCAACCAUUUUGGUUUUGUUUAUGGUGACAAGCCAUGUUAGGACCGAUUCGAGCGAAGAAGAAGAAAAGCUUAUGGUUAAAUGUAUGGAAGAAGCUAGCGUGACAAAGGAAGAGGUCAAGGUUUUCAGGACAGACAAAAUAUCUGACAAAAUUCUGUGUUUUAUGAAAUGUAGAUUCGAAAGCGAAGGAAUGUUCGACGAGAAUGGUGUCAUUAUCAAGGAGAUGCUGCAAGAAGGUUACGACGAUUUCGGUUGGAACGAUGAACAGAAAAUUAAAGCUGAUGAAUGCAUUGACAACAUGAAACCAGCUAAGGAAUGUGGGGACUUGGCAGACUUCUUCAGUUGCUUGCCUGUGAUCAAUUACGGAGAAUUGAUAAAAUAGAAAUUCUGUUAUAAGAUUUGAAGUUAUGGAACUAUUAUGUAAUUGAAUCAUUGUAAAUCCAUUUACUGAAUUUUGAAUAACACUCGUUUUUGGG